GAGCGCGGGAGAGAGGACCCGAGAGCUGAGCGGCUGGUUUGGCCCCGGUCGGCUGCCUCCCCACUGCCCGAGUCCCCACCCGGCACCGCACCGACACCCUGCGCCAGCCUCCGUCCCAGCCAAGGGCCCCCAACACCAUCAUGGACUGCUGCACCGAGAGCGCCUGCUCCAAGCCGGACGACGACAUUCUAGACAUCCCGCUGGACGAUCCGGGUGCCAACGCGGCCGCUGCCAAAAUCCAGGCGAGUUUCCGGGGCCACAUGGCGCGGAAGAAGAUAAAGAGCGGAGAGCGCGGCCGGAAGGGCCCGGGCCCCGGGGGUCCUGGCGGAGCUGGGGGCGCCCGGGGAGGCGCGGGCGGCGGCCCCAGCGGAGACUAGGCCAGAACUGAGCAUUUUCGAAGUUCCCGAAGAGAGAUGGAUGCCACGUCCCCUUCGCAGUGACGAGACUUCCCUGCCGUGUUUGUGAUCCUCUCCUUCCCACCAACCUGCCAGCUUCAGGAGCCCUCUCUGCGUCCUCAGAGACUCCCUCACCGAGGCAGACUCCGUCGAGGACUCACUAAGGCCGUGCCCUUUUAGUUAGUUCUCCAGUCUAGUAUGGUCCCCGUUCGCCCUUCCUUCGACCCUAACCCCAAUCUCCGCGCUCCCAAAUCUUCCUUCUUUAGCUUCUCGCCCACCUCUCCCCGCACCCAGCAUGCUGCUCUGCCUCCGCAGCCUCGGUGCGCUUCCCUUCGCGCUCUGCGGAGGGCGCCCUAAGCGUUGCCCAAAAACACUCCAAAAAAAAA